AUGAAUUUACCUUAUGACGUAUCACCUACACAAGUACGUGACUUUCUUAUUAGUAAGGGUCAAAUUCUUAGAGUUGAUUUAGAAAAAGAUCACGCAGGACAAAUGAAUGGUAUGGGAUUUAUUGAAUUUAACAACCCAGAUGAUUGUAAAGCAGCUUUGGAAUUAAAUGGAACCCAGUUUGGCGGAAGAACAUUUAAAUGCAAGUUUGCUGAUCAUCCACCUCCAGAACUUACACGAUUUUACAUCAGACAGCCAGUUGAUAGACCAGUUCCAGAUAAAGUUCGACAAACAAUUAUUAAUGAAUGGAAAUAUGGUCCAUCAGAAAAUAAGAAGACAGGCCCUCCUAAGCGUGCAUUAAAGCAUAAAUCACUCCGCAAGAGAAAUACAUACAAAAAGCCAGAAGAUCAAAAUGAUAGGAAUUCAAGUGGUUAUUCCGACUAUUCAGACUCAGGAUCUUACAGUUAUGGAUCGUACUCCGAUUAA